UACGGACGCUUCGUGUCUGUCCGAGGAUAUUGUCGUUUUUCAUUUGUACAGUUUAAACUACGUUUAUAGAAAAUUAAGUAAUUUUUGCUACAAUAUAGUUCUCUUCGUCAUUUCAGGGUAUAAGUGUGGUGUAAUAGCGUAAUGAGAAAUUGCUUGAAAUCAUAUGAAGGAAAAUCCUGGCGGUUGUGUAAAUAGCGCGUAGUGGUGUCUGCGCGUACGUUAUGCGCAUUCGCAGACAGAUGAGCGCGGGAUUGUGGUACCCAGACGCGAGGGGACUGUAGUAUCAUUGCUUAUGUGUAGAAACGUUUGAUGGAGUCUUUUAUGAAGUGACAAAUAACACGAAAUUAACGUUUUUCACACAUCGGUCAUUGUAGUACGUAGGAUCAGUGUUUGGUCCCAAAGGGGCCACACGAUGGACGGUGCCAAUGUGAAUGGCGGGAAUGCUGUUGGAUCGCACGAGAAUCCUAACCUAGAAGGUGGUAAUAUGCCGGAUCUACAGGAGACUCAAAUUAAAGUGGAAACAGCCACUAAAAUGGACGGGCAGGAGGUGAACGGCGACAUUAAAAGUUCAUUAAAAAAGGGUACGGAAUUAGAUAUUAGAAGAAAACUACGUAAGUUCAUGGUUAAUUCAACUAGUACCAUUGAAAGUGAUACAACAUUAAAUACAAAAGGACGCAAACGGAAGCUAUCGGAACUGGACGAUGUAAGCUCGGAGGAGUCUAUGGGAUUCAAUGGAUUUGAUUUACAAGGGGCAAAUGAAAUAGAACCAGCAAGACAUGUUUUGAAGAAACUAAUUGCUGAAGCUGAAGUAGCAGAGGCUCAAUUAGCAAAACGAUUUAGAUAUAGUAUAAGGAAAAAUUUUGAUAUCAGAAAGGAUGAGGAUGAUUCGGAUGACAAUAGAGUGCAUGAUGCUGAACAUGUAUUAGAUCUAGAUAAAGUAAAAAAAGAAAAAGAAUCUGAUAAAUCUGAAACAGAUUCAGUUGGAAUACCAAAUACCGUAGAGUCAGAAUUAGAAGUACAAAAAACAGAUGAAACUUCACUUAAGUCAACAAAUUCGUCAUCAGCAGCUAGUAGUCCAGCAGCAUCAAUAAAAUCUAAAGGUGUUCGUAUAUUACGUGGAGUCAGUCCAGGAAGCACUGGAAAACAAAAAAUAGCUGUUGAUAUGUCAAAUCCAGCAUUCAAAGAACCAUUUAAGUAUGGUUGGAAACGAGAAUUGGUAUUUAGAGCAAGUACUGAUUCUACCUUAAAAAGAAUGGCUGAUAUCUAUUAUUAUACACCAAAGGGAAAAAAGGUUAGAAGUUUUAGAGAAGUUGCAGAAUUUCUUAAUACAAAAGAGUUAACUAUUGAUAAUUUUACAUUCUUCAAAGAACCAAUUGGUCUUGAUGACCCAGAGAAGGAGAUCAUUCGAGAUGCAAAAAGAAUAAGGGGAUCUGGAGUAUCUGCUACUCCACCUCGGAGAGGUUUCGCAUAUAAGAAAGGUACACCUGGCAGAAGGGCUGUAGAAGAGCCUGCACCAAUGCCUGCUCCAGUGCCUGCAAAACCUAUUGUUAAAUCACCAAAAGCUGUACCAACAGGAUUCAAAGUGAAAGUGCUUGCAAAGAAAACUCCACACAAAACAGAAAUAAAGUCACCUCCUCAAGAAAGUGAAAUACUUCCACCUCAACGGACACCGAGUACAAGAAGAAGUCAAAUACAUGUAGAAAAACCACUGCCUCCAAAACCGAAAAGACAAUUAACGCCCAAAGUUCAAGAACCGUGCAGUAUAAGGUGCUCAACAAGUAUGGGGUUGAUACCAAGCUUACAAUGUCGUGUAUGUCUCUGUUUAUAUCAUCCUGAAUGUGUUGAUGGUAUGGAAUUUGCAGGAAGUGAUGAUUAUGUUUGCAAGAACUGUCAGCAGGAUACUAAUGAAUCUCAUCAAUCUCAAACAAAUCCAUCUUUAACACCACCUCCAUUGAUACCAAUUAGUAUGUUAGGUGCACAAAGUGCAAAAUCAAAACAUCAAGUAAAUUUAAGUCCACCAAAACUUCAACGAAUUCCCAAAUCUGAUAAUGCAGAUACACAGUCGCGAAAUAUUACCAAAGUUUCAAAAACAUCCUCCACAACACCACAUUCCUCUUUAAAUUCAGAUAAUAAGGAAAGCAGUUGGUUUGCUCAAACAGAAAAUGAAUUUUUACAAAGUCAUGAUGGAACUUUACCAAAACCAGCCCAGAAUAUUGCUUUAAUGGGGGGCAAGAGAUAUAUUGUUGUUCCAAAAAAUAAUGCUAUGGCUGUCCAACCAGCUAUAACAGUAAAACCUGAUAAAAUUGGUGACAAACCUCCUGUACUUCAAGAUGGCAUGCCUACUGAUAUAUCAAAUGCUGUUGACAAUUCUAUGUCUACAAAAUCACGUAUGUCUUUAAUGACAAAGCUUCUGGGGAAAGAUAGUUUUGAUAAGACAGUUGAUAAGGAUACAAUAAAAGAUGUAUCACAUACAGAACUUCCAUCAGAUUCUAUAACAGAGGAAACUGAAGAAACGUGCAAUAAUAAUGAUAGACCUGACACAUUAACUGUAAGCAAAUCACAAAAUGAUUUGCCCAAUUCAACAGAUUUUACAUUAGAAACUAAGAAAGCAGAAAAUUGUAAAGCACCUGAAAGGAAGAGUAUAACAAAUAAUUCAAAUACAACUAGUACAAAAAAUGAUCUAUUUAAAGUAGAUACACAACAUUCAGUGACAAAUAGUUUGGGUACUGUUAAAAUAAGUAGCAAAAGGAAACAAAAUCAGCAGGAUACAGAACAACAGCAGCAUUUUAUGGAUUCAGUUUGUGCUGGUUAUCAUGCAUUAUUACGCAUUUUUCAAUAUCUUAAGGUUCAAGAAUUACUCCGAGCUGCAAGAGUAUGUAAAAUGUGGCGUGAUUUAGCUGCACAUCCUUCUUUGUGGAAGACUGUACGAAUGAAAAAUAGUCAAGUAACAGAUUGGGAUGGUUUAGCAGAUACAUUACAAAGGCGUGGUACUCAACAUUUAGAUCUUCGGAAAAUGCUUGUGGCAGGAGAAUCUGACAGCAUCUGGAAAAAAUUUUUAGUUGUAAUACCACGUGUAACUAGCCUUGUCAAAUUAGAAUUAUGUAAAUGUCCUGUGAUGGUUGUUGAAGAAGUUAUUGGGAGUUGUCCUCAGUUAGAAGUAUUGAGUGCAAUGUCGAUAAAAUGUGACUCCUUAAGUUUAGAAUCAGUUGGAAAUCUUAAAUGUUGUCAAGAAUUAAGGCUCAAAGCAAUCAGUGGGAUGUCUUUACAAGAAGAUCUUACACCAUUACAAGAAUUAACGCAACUAACUCAAUUGAGUUUAACAUCAGUUAAAGAACUUGGAAAGAAAAGGAUCGAUAUAAUACAAGCUUUAGUGAAUUUAGAAACACUAGAAUUGGGUGAAUGUUCAGAUUUUCCAGAUAAAUUUGGUACUACAGUUUUAAUAAAGUUACAAAAAUUGGAACGUCUCAGACUUGAAAAGGGACAAGGAUCGUGUUGUACAUUCGAUAUUUUGGAUGGUGUAUCUAAGUUACAAAAUUUGAGUCAAAUGGAAUUGGUCAAUUUUGAUGUCAAAAAUGGCUUUGAUAAAUGCCUUGCAAACUGUAAAAAUAUUAAAAGGCUAUUGAUUAUACCAACGUACAUAUCUCAAUCAGCAACGUCUAACAAUAUGGUGCUGGGAGGUGUCACUGAACUGUCAAAUAAUUUGACACAUUUUGUAUGGGGUGUUACACUUGAGUUACUUAGGGUUACAGAAUUGUUUGUUGAUCAAUGUAAUUUAAUGAGUAAACAGAUUACUGGUGACUCGAUACCAGUUUUAAAACCGGUACCCUGUCUAAAAUUAAUUGAGGACGUUGAGGAUGAAAAUGACAAUCAAAAAGGUGAUGAUAAACAACAACCAAAUUUAACAAAUCCUCAAGUGGAUAUAUUACCAUUGCCUCAACUUCAAAAACUUUUACUAACUGCAUUGCCUAAAACAAGGGUUAAAAUCUUGAAGAUUCCUUUCCAUGCUACGUGGCGGCAAAGCAUUUCAGAUACUGCUACACAAUAGAAGAAAA